UGCAAGGACCCUACGUAAAGAGGGAGCCUGCAGGCUGAGACCCUGGAGGCCAGGCAGGUGGGAGCCAUCAGUUGUCUUGCCCUGAGAAGGAAGACAAAGGCCAGCAUGCCCAGCUUUUCUCUGCUGCUGCUGCUGCUCUGGGGCCUGGGGUCUCAUGGCUUCCCAGCGACUCUAGAAACCCAAGAGCAAGAUGAGGAGCUAGUCCAGAAAUACCUAGAAAACUACUACAACUUGAAGAGUGGAAUCAACCAAUUUAGAAGGCAGAGAAAAAGUGGCCCAGUAGUUGAAAAGCUAAAGCAAAUGCAGAAAUUCUUCGGGCUGGAGGUGACUGGGAAGCCAGAUGCUGAAACCCUGAAGGUGAUGAAGAAGCCCAGAUGUGGGGUGCCCGAUGUAGGCUUUAUUGAAUUCACUCAUGGGAGCUAUCGUUGGCGGAGACCAAACCUGACCUACAGGAUCAAAAGCUACACAUCAGAUUUGUCUCGAGAGGACGUGGACCACGCCAUUGGGAAAGCCUUUGAACUCUGGAGCAAUGCCACAGACCUGACUUUCACCAAGGUCUUUGAGGGAGAAGCAGACAUAAUGCUAUCCUUUGUGUGGGGAGAUCAUGGUGACAAUUCUCCCUUUCAUGGACGUGGUAGUUAUCACCUUGCUCAUGCAUUCCCACCGGGUCAACACUUGGGAGGAGAUGUCCAUUUUAAUGAUGAUGAAACGUGGACCAAAGAUUUCAGAAAUUACAACUUGUAUCAUGUUGCAGCACAUGAAUUGGGUCAUUCCCUUGGACUAAAUCAUGAUAAUCACAUUGGUUCUUUGAUGCACUCCUCAUACUUCUACUAUGGUGAUGUCCUGCUAUCUCAGAGGAACAUCGAUGCCAUCCAGGCCAUUUAUGGACCUUCCAAAAAUCCCAUCCCACCCAAAGUGUUGCAAAUACCACAAGCCUGUGAUAGAAAGUUAACAUUUGAUGCUGCAACCAAAAUUCGUGGAGAAUUGUUCUUAUUUAAGGACAGGUUCUUCAUACGCAGCAAUGCCUACUACAAUGAUGAUCUCAAUUUCAUUUCUGAGUUCUGGCCAUUUCUGAGGGAUGGAGUUGAGGCUGUUUAUGAAGUUCCUGAAAGAGAUGUAGUUUUAUUUUUUAAAGGCAGUAAGUACUGGAUCACUAAGGGGAAUCAGUUGCUGUACAGAUACCCCAGGGACAUCUACAGCUCUUUCGGCUUCCCUGAGAGAGUGAAGAGAAUUGAUGCUGCCGUUCACGAGGAGGAAACUGGAAAGACGCACUUCUUUGUUGCCAACGAGCAUUGGAGGUAUGAUGAAAAUAGGCGGUCCAUGGAUGUAGGUUAUCCCAAAAAGAUCAUUGACAGCUUCCCUGGAAUUGGUACAAAAGUUGAUGCUGUUUUCCAUGAUAAAGGUUUUUUCUAUGUCUUUCAAGGAACAAAGCAGUACGUACUUGAUCCUAAAACAAAGCAAAUUUUGAAUUUGCUGCCAUCUAACAGCCAGUUGAAUUGCAGAAAUAACUGAUGGCUGACUCUCAUGAAAGAGAAAGAAAAAA